AGCAGAUACCAACAUCCAACUUUUAAGAAUUAAGGGGACAAGUUAGACAUCAUGAAGCUACCUGUUACCCUGUUGGUUUUCAGUAUUUUGGGGUGCACUGGGUGGGCCCAGAAAUUUAGCAUAGGCGUUCAUCAAAAGGCCCCAAAGACAAGCAACUCCAAUCUUGUAGAAGACAGAUCGCCACCAGUUAAAAAGGUUCCUGAGCACAGCACCACCAGGCAAAGGAAAGGAGAUGCUGCAACAAUGGGCGAUCCCUUAGUUGCAGGAAAAGGACAGUGCUUGGUGAAUGGGAUGAUCAUGUACAAUGGAGCGGCCUGGUCCCCUCAACAAUGUACCAUAUGUGUAUGUGACCAAGGAAAGAAAGUGUGCGAGCCUCUUGACUGUGAAGAAGAUCUCAGUUGUCCUGCCAGCAAAUUACAAAUACCUCCUGGUGAAUGCUGCCCAGUCUGCGUGAAGACAGAAACGACACAAGUUCCACUUGAGUCAGCAGCGACGCUUAACCAAGGAAAAAUAACAGCGCAAAAAAACAAGGACGUUAAAAAGAACACAAAGCAGAUGAAGGUCAAAGGGGAAACUGCAAGGAUAACAUCCAGACCAGCCCUGGGACUCAACACAACAAAGAAUAUUAACACAACAUCCAUAAAGCCAUUGAAAUCAAAGAAAACACCAGCAAUGAACAGACUGCUUGAUGUUACCCAGUGGAAAUCUCCUGCAAAAAAGGAAAUAAAUAAUAAAAAACAAGAAACCAAUGUCCACAAGAAAGGAGUGAUGCUCGUUAAGACAAAGAAAGAGGAAAACAAGGAGAAAAAAUCAGAUGUCGAAGGCUUGAAGACCCCUCAGAAGAAACAGCCAACAGAAGAAAAAACAAGAAGCAAAGCAUUAAAAAAGGGGACGCCACAAAACUCUAGCACAAAGAAACCAAAGACUCUACAUAUGGAAACUAAUAGCAAACCUGAGGAUAUAGGGUUAUUGUCACCAACCCCAACCAUUCCCAAUGGACCCUCAUUCAUUCUUCCAACACCACAUCACAUCCCCUCUCUACCUAGCGGCUGUCUCCUGUCUGAAUCCACCAUCGCCUGUGCCAACACAAAGAUGACCUACUUACCUCUCAUGACUGACUUAGGAUUGAAGACACUUUACUUGGCCGAGAAUGAGAUUUCCAAGCUUCCCGCUAGGGCCUUUGCCGGCCUCCCAAACUUAGAGUGGUUGGACCUAAGUAAGAACAAACUGGGUGACUCUGGCUUAUCAUAUGAUGUCUUCAAGAAUUUAACCAAACUGAAGCGGCUUAAUUUGGAUGGUAACCAUCUGACUGUACUACCACAACUCCCAACAUCUCUCCAGGAACUGAAAGUCAAUGACAAUAAGCUGCUAGAACUAAACCAUCACAGCUUUCGUGGUUUGGGUAACUUGCUAAAUCUGGAAAUGGAGGGCAAUGGGUUUCAUGAUGGAAACAUUUCCCCUUUGACUUUUCAGCCGUUAAAGAAGCUGAUAUAUUUACGCCUUAACCACAAUAGCUUCCGUGCGGUACCAUCAGGACUCCCGGCCUCCAUUCAGGAACUGCAUUUAGACAAUAACCGCAUUGAAGUCGUACCGGAAGGGUUACUCAACAAAACCCUCAACCUGAGUGUAAUUGUCCUGAGUAACAACAGGCUUCAGGAGGACCGCAUCGCCCCUCGAGCUUGGAUUCAUCUCAUGAAUGUGGAAUCUCUGGAUUUGUCUCAUAAUCGUUUGGUACAUGUGCCAUCGUUUUUGCCCCAAGGAGUAAAGCAACUGAUCCUGCAUCACAACCAGAUUGAGCUUAUUCCCGGCUAUGUAUUUGCUCAUAUGAAACCUGGGCUGGAAUUUCUUCAUCUGUCACACAAUAAUUUAAGAGAUGAUGGUGUUCAUGCCGUAUCAUUUUUUGGCCUCUACAAAUCUCUGAAUGAACUCUUGCUGGAUAACAACCACUUUCAGAGCAUUCCACGUGGCAUCCUGAAUUUGAAGUCCUUGCAGGUUCUCCGCCUCAGCUUUAAUAAAAUAAGAUAUGUACCUCUCAAUUCAAUCUGUGAUACCAGAAUAUCUGAAGACUCCAAUCUGGUCUCUGUGCAUCUGGAAAACAACUACAUCAACCGACGUCUAAUCCCACCGACUGCAUUGUCUUGCAUUAAAACCUACUACAGCGUCAUCCUGCGACCUCAACAUGAAGAAUAUGAAUAUGAAGAAGAGUACUAAAAUGUGGAGUUCAAAGAAACCAAAGAAACUUCACCCCCUUCAUAUGUAAAAAGAAGGUUUUAGAGAGGACUGAGCUGAGCAUGAGUGCAGACAACCAAACUGUUACCAUACUGUUCCACUACCAUUGAUCCCAAGAUGUGGAAAUGUAUUAUAAAGGGGUGAGUGCUGGUGCUCAU